GCAGAGUGACGGCAGCGAGGAUGAGGGACGUUCGGGCCGGCCAGGCUCAUCGGUGGCAAGAACGCGAAAGCCACUGCCGGCAUACAGUCCAAGUUCAGAGAGGAAGGCCUCGAGCCAGAUCCACCGGCUUCGAGUAAGAAGGGCAGCAUGAAGGCAUUCCGCAUGCUGAACUUCAUACCAUCCUUCAGUCCGCGCGGUAAGAGCUCUCGUCAGGUUGCUGAUCCUGAAUAUCGUGACUCGGACGAAGACGAAGACAUCGAUGUCCCGUACAGCAGUGGUCUCCAGACGCAGGGUCGUUCCCAGAUUCAGCGUAGGCCCGCACAGCGUAGGCGUCGCAAGAAGAAAGGACCAAAACCAUUGGCCAAGAUGUCGACUAUCACAGAGGUCUCGUUCAGCGAAUCCGGCUCAGUCGUCAGCGAUGAUAGAGAUGAUGACGAGCUGGAGCUCAUCAGCCCCUACAAAAACAAGCGAGCUUCACGAAGUGUUCCGUCGAUGUUCUCGAGGUCGAUGACCACGUCAGUGUUGCCGCGAUCGCCUUCGCCGUACGAUUUCAAAGACGACGACCUCUCUCCGGAUGAGCUUCCCUCCGCGGAUGAAUUUCCCUGGGACGAGCCCGGAGGACAACAGGAUCUGUCUCACGUUCAGGGUAUAUUCGGCAAGGUCCCUGACUACAACCGCACGCCAGGAACUCGCCGCGCCAGGCUCCAGGUGCGCAGCCCAUUGCAAGAAGUCGAGCAUCGCCUAUUGGAUGAGGCCGAGGAAAUGUUGGAGUCCCUAGAAAUUCAGCCCAGGACGGAGGAACAGGAUGUGGAGAAGCGACGGAGCCUCCUGCAAGAACGCCGCAAGAGCUUGUUGGUCGACGAAGAGAGGAUGCGCCUCGAUGCUGAGAAUCUACUCUUGCGAGAGGACCACAUCAAGAUGAAGCAGGACUUCAGGGGUUUCCAAGCUCGCAGCAUCAUACAGGAAGAGCCCGUGCCUGUUGGUCCGGAGUUCGAUCACGAAGCAGAAGAACCCGAAGCAGAGGACCACGAAGUUGAUGAAGAUGAGACCGAUAGUGCAUCUCACUGCAGCAUAUCCUCCUCCAUCGACUUGGAUGAAGAGCCUGUCGUCUGUAUGGCCAACGUAGUGAGCGUCACAAGGGUCUCGCCUGGGAUGGUCAAGCUUGUUGACAUACCACCUCGGAAACAGGAGGUCAAUGCAGCCCCGAUGGCUAAGCCUACUACCAGCGAAAGGCAAGGCAUCUAUUCGUUCAGAGGGAGUGACCUUCUGGGCUUUCCUACCGAGGAAGGAGAGAAGGGCGACGUUCGUGCAAAACGGCUCACUAUUACGACCACCUCCCGAACCACCUCCCGCAGUCACUCGAACCCUUUCGACUUGGAACAGGUCCCUAAUCAGAGGCGAGCCUCAACCGCGAUCGCAGACCGCUCCGAAGACGAGUGGAGACAGGUCAAUCAUGAGCAGCUUGAGCCCUUUCCUCCUUACGUCGAUGGCUACUACGGAAGAUUCCCCAAGCCCGAGAAGCCUAAGCUAUCCCAAGAGGAAUCGAGGCUCAUGGUCCAGGACUGGCUGAGCACAUACGAUAGCGCCGAGCAGCAGCGACCACUUUCCGUGCAGUUUGACCCUGCUGUCAUGGCCGAGCGUCAGAUCCCACCUCCACCUCUCCCGAAAGAAGACGUCAUCCCGAAGACCCCGAAAAACCACUGCAUCAUCGUCGGUCACAAGUUCCGCCCCAUCGACCUUAACAAGGUGCCGGAUGACGCGACCGUAGGUGAUCUGGAGGUCCGACCAUACCUUGAGACGCAUACGGGGCGGAGGGAGCACGUCUAUGUGCCGGUGAUGUGCGACAAGUGUGGUGCCGAUGUCAAAGAGAACUUCUGGGAGUGCGAGAGGCCGUCUUGCCAUUUGGCGCUGUGCUGGGACUGCCACCUGGAGCAGCAGUUUGAGGCUUGGAGCAACUAGAGGGCGGAGACUGGCGGACGUACGAGUACAAACGGCACGAUUUGGAUUGCUUCACGACGAAUAACAUCACGGGUUUGGGAGGCGUUUGCGGCAUUGGCGAACACGGCGGACAAUUUCCUUGGA